GAGAGAGAGAGGAAAUGGAAAGGGAAAUUGAAAUCGGGGAAUGGGAAUAAAUUUCCCUCCAUUUGUGUCAACAAUUUUAAAGGGAGCGGAGAUCAUAUCGAUCGCAUUAAUUUGCCAAGGAUGCAGAAGAAGCAGCAAUUUAAAACCCCCGAGACUCGCCGCAUUCUCCGCGUGGCUGAUAUUCUUCUCGUCGACGGAGACGGAGACUUGGAUGAUAUGGAGAAACCCGGAAAGUCUAUGACUCAGUGUUCCACGCCGCGCCGCAUCGUCUCCCGAUGGUUCUCCGUUCUCAAGCGUCGCAGACCAACCAAGGUUUACGCACGGAGCGAUAAAGGGGACGAGCCAAUCAUCGGAGUGUCAGAAGCAGGGUGUGGUGUGGAUUCGAGGUCGAGGUCGUUCAAUUUGGGGGUGGCGUCCGGUCUGCUUUGUGUGAUCGCUGCUGGUAAACAUGAGCUGAACAAGAUGGUGGAAUUGCGGAGUCAGAUGGAGGUGUUUCUCCAAAAUGCCAAACAGGAGUUGGGCAGUAAGCCGGUGGAGUCUAAUGACAUUAAUUUCACUUCUUUCUCCACCAAUUUCCAACAAGACUCCACCUCUGGUAGCCAGUUUUCUCUUCAAUCUGUUGCCGUCCGCGACGAGUGCUCCUCCGAUUGUGUUGGAAACCAGAGAGAAGGAGACGAGUGUGUGGCAGGAAUGGAUCAACUAGAGGCAGAGCUUCACGCCGAGUUAGAAAGAAUGCAACUCCAAUUGGAUUCUGAAAAUGAUCCGCAGCAGCAAUUGCUAGAGGAUAUGGGAGACAUUGGUUCAAACCGUGGUGAAGGAGACUCAGCGUCAACGGAUUACAGUGAUGAAAUGCUUUGGGGCUCUGGAGUUGCUCCGCUCGAACUCGAGAGAAAAUUGCAUCUAGUGCUUGAAGCGAGACAAGAAGAGCGGAUAAAAGAACUGGAAGAUGCUUUAGAACGUGCAGAGCAGAGGCUUCAGGAGAAAGAAAUAGAGGUUUCAUGGUGGAGAGACACUGCAAGACUCAUGUCGGCCCAUGAUUCAGGACCUUCAUAUUCGCAGGAUUAGGUGACAUCCAAAUUGUACAGCGGUGAGGCCUUGUUGUUGUCCAAGGUACCAGCCUACCCUAUCCCCCUUAAACGCAAGAAUAGAUUGAACUUGAUCUUUCCUAGUCUUUCAAUUGUAGCAGUGGAUUAG